UUCUGCAACCGGACGUUCGACAUGUAUGCCUGCUGGCCUGACGGGAGCCCCGGCACCACCGUCAACAUCUCCUGCCCCUUCUACCUGCCCUGGUUUGAGAAAGUGAAACACGGGCUGGUGAGCCGCAGGUGCGGUGCUGACGGGCAGUGGGUGACGGUGAACGGCAGCCAGCCCUGGCGGGACUACUCGCAGUGCGAGGAGGAGAUGGAGUCCACCGCCGAGGAGGAGGGGGCCCGCCGGCUGAUGGUGAGCUUCAAGGUGCUCUACACCGUGGGGUACUCGCUGUCACUCCUCACCCUCGUCUCUGCCCUGCUCGUCCUCACCAUCUUCAGGAAACUCCGCUGCACCAGGAAUUACAUCCAUGCCAACCUCUUUGCCUCCUUCGGGCUGCGGGCGACCUCGGUGAUGGUGAAGGAUGCGCUGCUGGAGAGGCGCUGGGGCAUGGAGGUGGUACAGGUGGCUGACUGGGAAGCCCUCCUGAGCCAUGAGGCAGCGCUGGGCUGCCGGGCGGCACAGGUGCUGAUGCAGUACUGCAUCCUGGCCAACCAUUACUGGUUCCUGGUGGAAGCUGUCUACCUCUACAAACUGCUCAUCGGGGCCGUCUUCUCCGAGAAGAACUACUACAGGCUCUACCUC